UGGGAUCUCUGAGCAGUCCGCAGUCCGUCCAAUGGGAUGAGAGCUGGCAGGUGCAGGGUUCCCUCCAGUGACGUGUGACAGGCGCCCCCUCCCUGUGUUACCUGUACACUUCCCAGGACGGGCUCAGUCAGUGCUGUCACCUCCUGGAUCUGGGACUAUCAUGACUGCCAGGAACACCUAAUACACCUGGCUGGCCGGGGAACUCCGAGUGGCACACAGGGCACGCCUUCCUCCAUGGUGCUCUGUCCCCUCCUGUGACAAGGACACACCGAUCACCGCUGACACAGAUUGGUGAAAGUGAAGUAACUGGGCUUCUACAUACAGAUUGCUGGAAAAGCUGGCCAUGGCAGAAAGCGCUACAGGAAAGAGUAAUACCAGCAAUUGGUGGAAAUCACUGACUGUUCGUAAAAAGCCCAAGGAAAUUUCUGUCUAUAGUAAUUCUGAAAGUUCUGAGGACAAAUCAUGGGGAAUUAGUAGUGGCUCUAGAGAAAACCAACAUCCUAAUUCCAUUCCUAGUGGAGCUACAGAACCUAUAAGUGAUGCCAAGUCAGAUAAAUCAUAUGGAGCUAACACUGGCAGAAGGAACUUGAAGAUUUCUCGCUCUGGGCGUUUCAAGGAGAAGCGGAAAGUUCGUGCCACUCUACCAGAGAGUUCCAAGUUCUUCCAGGAAAACCCAUCCUCUCAUACAAAUGAUGAGAGGCAAUGAACUGUGCAGAGAACAUUUAAUAACCAUGAGAAGUAAUGCACUUCUCUCAGAGGCUCUAUUCAUGGAUCAUUUCUACUCCGUGGACGUAUCAGUCCCAUAUUUAUCAAAUCAACAACACACUGAAUUGCUUCUCAACGGCAUAUUAGCUUUGUAACAUAUCAUGGUCUCCUACAACUUCAUAAGACAUUUGAGAAUUCAUAAUGUUUCCUGCAAGUACUCUUUUAGAAGAAAUUGAAGGUUCAUCCGACACCAAGGGUAUAAAUCCUUAUCCAUAUUAGAUAGAUGCCUCGAGAAUGUGGUGGAUACCUAAUCGUCAUUACUUGGUUUGAUGUGGAUUUUUCUGUGAAGGGAUGAAUCCAUGGAAAGACCGUCCAAAACUUGAAACAUAAAGAAUUAGGCUGCCUUUUUUUUUCUUUGCUAACUGGUGGUAAGAAUUACUUUUCCGCAAUUGCUAUAUAAUCACUGGUGAUAAAGACAGCCUUCUUCUAUCCAUAGCAACAUGCCUGAUCCCAAAGAACUAUAUUUUAUUGUAAGACCUUUAACUAAAUAUUGUUUAUUAUGCAAAAAUAUGAAUAUUUCAUAAUUGAUAUGCAUUAAAUAUUUAUUUUUUUGUCCUAA